AUCCAUCAUCCCUUUUCAUUAUUCAAAGUUUACUUUCCUAUUUGAAUCAAUACUGUUCCCUCUCACCUCCCAACACCAUCCAUGGCGCCGCCGUCUUCCGCCACUCCACAACCCUCCGACCACCACAAACCCCGCUCGCCUCUCGAAUCGCUCCUCGACUCCGCCCGCCCCUUCCUCCGCGGCGAGCUCCACGCGGUUGACGAAAACCUCCCCCGCCUCGUCUCCGUCCUCCAAGCCGCCGGCGCCGGCGAGUGCUGGCACAAGCACAACAGCUUCCUCGACCACCUCUUCGGCGUCUACCGCACCCUCAAGCUCUGGAACGCCCCCAACGUAGUCUGCCUCUGCGCCCUCUUCCACUCCGCCUACUCCAACUCCUACGUCAACCUCGCCAUCUUCCCGCCCUCCCCCACCGGCCGCGACACCGUCCGCGGCCACGUCGGCGCCGCCGCCGAGCGCCUCAUCCACCUCUUCUGCGUCGUUCCCCGUCACUCCGUCACCCACGGCCUCCUCCUCGCCAGGUACUCCGAUUCCGAGCUGGUCGAGGACCUCCGAUCGUCGGAGAUCUCGAUCGAGAAGCUCCGCGGAGGCGGAGAGGUCGGGGAAGACGAGAUGUGGAGGAAUAAGAUCCGAUCGAUCAUUCCGGCGGAAGGAGUGAGCGUGAAGCACAUCAAAACCGGGGAAGAGAUACAGCUGUCGAGGCGGCUGGUGGCGACUUUCCUCCUGAUGACGAUCGCCGAUAUCAGCGAAUCGCUCUUCGGCUUCCAUGAUAAUUUGUUCGAUAACCGCGACGGCAGGCUCGAUUGCUCCGGCAACAACGUUCUGACGUCGUUGUGGCCGGGCAUCGCCAAGCCAGGGCUGUGUAUGCACACCUUCUCGAGAAUGGCAGCGAUCUACAAUCUGUUGGUGAGAGAAGAGGAGAUGUACCUCAAAUCGCUGAAAAAUCAAAAUCCGGAGGGGAGAGACGGAGAUCUGGAGCUGGUGGUGCCGCCGGUGUUCGAUAAUUGCAGGAAAGUUGUGGAUCCGGAGGAGCAGAUCGCGGCGAGGGAUCUGUACUGGAAGGCGGUGUGCGACGCGGCGGAGAUAGGGGUGGAGAGGGCGGAGGAGAUGCUGGUGGAGAGCGUGGCGAGGAAUCCGUUUGUGGCGGAGGCUCACGUGGUGUUGGCGCAGAUAUAUUUGGGGAAAGGGGAGUUCGAGGCGGCGGAGGCGGAGGCGGAGAAGGGGCUGAGGCUGCUGCUGGAGUGGGGGAGUCCGCGGGACAAGAGGAUGACGUGGCAGGCGUGGGUGUCGUGGGGUAGGGUGCUGCUCAUGAAGGCCAAGGAGAAGUCGUGGCCGGAAACUGCAUGGGGUCUUCAAAAUUUGGGGCUUGUUGCAUGAAUUAUUUAUUGUGAUUUAAAUAAUGCUGUGUAAAAUAAGUUUGUCGAUCUCCUCAACACAGCAUGGGGCGCUGUGCUUGAUCCGACGCCGUUUUGCGGCUAAUUGAUUCCCCUCUUUUUUAUGCUAA